ACUUUUGUGGUAUUUUCCAGUAGUUAUAUUCUGCUCUUACUCAACUGUUUUGAACUUGACCCAGCUGGCAAAACUCUCGGACAAGGAUAUUAUAGAGAUGAUUUUCUUCCCUGUGGUAAAUGAAGCCUGCAGAGUGCUUGCAGAAGGCAUUGCAGUCAAAGCUUCUGAUCUUGACAUUUCUGCUGUCAUGGGCAUGGGUUUCCCCCCUUACAGGGGAGGGAUCAUAUUCUGGGCAGACACUCUUGGUUCCAAAUACAUCUGUUCAAGGUUGGAUGAGUGGUCAAGAAUGUAUGGAGACUUUUUCAAGCCUUGUUCCUACCUAGCUGAAAGAGCUGCCAAGGGGGCUCCUCUGAGUUCUACAAUGGAUCCAGCCAAGUCGCGCUUGUAAGCUCAGCAAUGCUAUUGGGCGUUCAUUGAGUUUGUUGCUUUGUUAUCUCCUUACUCUGGUCAGUUGAAGUGCAGUGGACAAGGAAAGAGUCAAUAAUGUAGAAAUGAAAAUGAAGAGCUAGAUUAUUAUGUAACGUAAAAGUUUAGUUGUCUGAAAAUAAAAUGAGAGCAAAGUGAAGCACACCCCCGUUUGUUUUUAUACCUUUCAUAGUGAACCAAAUUGUUAAUGUAUUGCUUCUGAACUGGGGCUCUUUUGAUGGUCUAUGCAGUUCUCAUGAUAGUCAAAUAUUAAUUAUUUGUUGCUUCCA